UCUUGAGUCUCGCUUCGUCGUGCCGAUAGUAUUCUUGCGGUGUCUCUUUGCCGAUCAACAAUCAACUACUUCGUUGGUUACCUUCUGUUUCAAAAGAUAAACCAAUAAAUCAAACAUGUGUGACGAAGAAGUUGCUGCACUCGUUGUUGACAAUGGCUCCGGUAUGUGCAAGGCCGGUUUUGCCGGAGACGACGCUCCUCGCGCCGUCUUCCCAUCUAUCGUCGGUAGACCACGCCACCAGGGUGUCAUGGUCGGUAUGGGACAGAAGGAUUCCUAUGUCGGAGACGAGGCCCAAUCAAAGAGAGGUAUUCUUACCUUGAAAUACCCAAUUGAGCACGGUAUUGUCACCAACUGGGAUGAUAUGGAGAAAAUCUGGCAUCACACGUUCUACAAUGAACUUCGAGUGGCCCCCGAAGAACACCCAGUUCUUCUUACCGAGGCACCCCUCAACCCGAAAGCUAACCGCGAAAAGAUGACACAGAUCAUGUUCGAAACGUUCAACACCCCCGCCAUGUACGUCGCCAUUCAGGCUGUACUUUCUUUGUACGCUUCUGGUCGUACUACCGGUAUCGUAUUGGACUCCGGUGACGGUGUUUCGCACACUGUACCAAUCUAUGAAGGAUACGCUUUGCCUCAUGCUAUUCUCCGUUUGGACUUGGCUGGCCGUGAUUUGACCGACUACCUCAUGAAGAUCCUCACGGAAAGAGGAUAUUCCUUCACCACCACGGCCGAACGUGAAAUUGUUCGUGACAUCAAGGAGAAGCUCUGCUACGUCGCCCUUGACUUCGAACAAGAAAUGGCAACUGCUGCAUCAUCCUCCAGCUUGGAGAAGAGCUAUGAACUUCCCGACGGUCAAGUAAUUACCAUUGGUAACGAGAGAUUCCGUUGUCCUGAGGCUCUCUUCCAGCCAUCCUUCUUGGGUAUGGAAGCCUGCGGUAUCCAUGAGACAACAUACAAUUCCAUCAUGAAGUGUGAUGUCGAUAUCCGUAAGGACUUGUACGCCAACACUGUCCUUUCUGGUGGUACCACCAUGUAUCCUGGAAUCGCAGACAGAAUGCAGAAAGAAAUCACUGCCCUCGCACCAUCAACCAUGAAGAUCAAGAUCAUCGCACCACCUGAGAGGAAAUACUCUGUAUGGAUCGGUGGAUCAAUUCUCGCAUCUUUGUCUACCUUCCAGCAAAUGUGGAUUUCUAAGCAAGAAUACGACGAAUCUGGACCAUCCAUUGUCCACAGGAAGUGCUUCUAAGCACAUCUUUGAUAUUCCUCUUGCAUACUAUCAUUCCCUGAAUCCCGAGAGCAGCCUCUGCCCCGUUUCGCAGGCGGACGUAACAUCAACUUCCGCAAUAAUAAUUGUUCUUUGGUUCCUCCGAGGCGAAGGUAGCUUCUUUCGAUUCGGAUGUACGUAGGACAUAAUUAACG